AUGUUACUUGAAGCAUAUGGUAGUUUUACCGAUGAAACUGACAGGCAAGCAUUAUUGGACUUCAAGUCUCAAGUUUCUGAAGACAGAAAAGUCGUCUUGUCCUCAUGGAAUCACUCAUACCCUCUCUGCAACUGGAAUGGAGUUAGAUGUGGCCGCAAACACAAGAGAGUUACACGUUUGGACCUAGGAGGAUUGCAAUUGGGCGGAGUGAUAUCACCAUCUAUUGGUAAUCUUUCGUUCCUCAUAUCACUUAAUCUCUCUCGUAACUCUUUUGGUGGUACCAUCCCUCAAGAGGUGGGAAACUUGUUUAGACUUCGACAUUUGAAUAUGAGCUCUAAUUUUCUCCAAGGAGAGAUUCCAGCCAGCUUGUCUAAUUGCUCUAGAUUAUUGGCCCUUGAGGUUUAUUCAAAUCAUCUUGGAGAAGGUGUUCCUUUAGAACUAGGGUCGUUGACGAAGCUAGUUGUUUUAGAACUUGGUCGUAACAGUUUGAAAGGGAAGCUCCCUGGAUCUCUAGGAAACUUGACAUCACUUGUAUAUCUUGGCUUAGGAGAUAACAAAAUAGAAGGAGGAGUUCCGGAUGAUAUUUUUAGGUUGAGUCAAAUGCAGCAUCUUGAUCUAUCAGUGAACAACUUGGCGGGUGUUUUUUCUCCCGCAAUCUACAAUUUGUCCUCACUUGAAUUCUUAAACGUCUUUGGAAACGAUUUCUUGGGUAGCAUUAGGUCUGAUUUAGGUAACUUGCUAGCCAACCUUCGAGAGCUAUAUAUGGGAAGGAAUCAUUUCACCGGAGCCAUUCCACCUACACUUCCCAAUAUCUCUACUCUUCAAACACUGAGAAUGGAGUACAACAACAUGACCGGACCGAUUCCUUCGAGCUUUGGAAAAGUACGAAAUUUGCAAAACCUUGCACUUCAAGGCAACUCUUUUGGAAAUAACUCUUUUGAAGAUCUUGAUUUUCUUGGUGCUUUGACUAACUGCACUCAACUACAAAGAUUAUAUGUUGGUCAAAAUAUGCUUGGGGGUGACUUGCCUAUCUCCAUUUCCAACCUGUCCACUAAUCUCAUCGCUUUAGACCUCGGAACAAAUUUCAUCUCUGGAAGCAUUUCUCAUGAGAUUGGGAAUCUCAUAAGUCUACAAUCACUUUGGUUAGAAGAAAAUUCGCUGACAGGACCACUCCCAACUUCUGUUGGGAAGCUUUUAGGAUUGGGGUUAUUAAGUCUCUAUUCGAAUAGUAUUUCAGGAGAGGUACCGUCUUCUAUCGGCAACAUCACUCGGUUAGGAACACUCUAUUUGCAUAAAAACAGUUUUGAAGGAAUCAUUCCUCCAAGUCUUGGUAACUGUAGUUCCUUGCUAGAGAUGUGGAUUGGGCAUAAUAAGUUGAAUGGGUUUAUACCUCAUGAGAUUAUGGAGAUUCCAUCACUUAAUACUUUAACCCUGUCGUAUAACUCCUUGACCGGGUCUUUUCCAAAAGAUAUUGGACAACUAGAAAAUCUGGUUUCACUAUCUGUAGCAUAUAAUAACUUAUCAGGACAAAUCCCACAAACCUUGGGGAAAUGUCUCUCGAUGGAAGUUAUUUAUCUACAAGGAAACUCUUUUGAUGGGGAGGUUCCAAACAUAAAAGAGUUGGUGGGUGUUAAAAGACUUGAUUUAUCGAAUAAUCAUUUCUCCGGAAGUAUACCUGAAUAUCUUGCAAACUUUUCUGCGCUGGAGUAUCUUAAUCUCUCGUUCAACAACUUUGAGGGAAGAGUGCCUACAGAAGGGAAAUUUAAGAAUGCUACCAUAGUAUCAGUAUUUGGAAACAAAGACCUAUGUGGAGGAAUCAGAGAACUGCAACUAAACCAAUGCAUUCCACAAGCACCACCUGUGAAGACAAAACAAUUAUCUGUCUUAAAGAAAGUUGCAAUCGGGGUCAGCAUAAGCAUAGCUUUGCUUUUGUUGUUAUUCAUAGCUUCAGUUUCUCUUAUUUGGUUCAGAAAAAGAAAGAAGAACCAUCAAACAAGUAAUGCAACUUCUUCUACCUUGGAGGUUUUCCAUGAGAAGAUAAGUUAUGGAGAUCUUCAAAAUGCGACAAAUGGUUUCUCUUCAAGUAAUUUGAUUGGGUCAGGCAGUUUUGGUAAAGUGUAUAAAGCAUUGCUUCCGACGGAGAAUAAGGUUGUUGCGGUGAAAGUUCUAAACCUGGAGAGGCAUGGAGCAAUGAAGAGCUUUAUGGCAGAAUGUGAAUCACUCAAAGACAUAAGGCAUCGUAAUCUUGUGAAACUAUUGACGGCUUGUUCAAGCAUUGAUUUCCAAGGAAAUGAUUUCAGAGCUCUCAUAUAUGAGUUUAUGCCUAAUGGAAGCCUAGAUAUGUGGUUGCACCCAGAAGAAGUGGAAGAGAGUGUUAUGCCCUCAAGAAAAUUGACACUUCUUGAAAGGCUUAACAUUGCUAUUGACGUUGCUUCUGCUUUGGAAUAUCUUCAUAUCCAUUGUCAUGAGCCUAUAGCUCAUUGUGAUCUUAAGCCAAGCAACGUACUUCUCGAUGGUGAUCUAACUGCCCAUGUUAGUGACUUUGGUUUGGCUCGUCUUCUCCUCAAAUCAGACCAAGGGUCCUUCCUCAAUCAGUUCAGCUCAGCCGGUGUUAGAGGAACCAUUGGUUAUGCCGCACCAGAAUAUGGGAUGGGAGUGCAGCCUUCAACAAAUGGCGAUGUGUAUAGCUUUGGGGUUCUCCUUUUAGAAAUGUUCACUGGAAAACGACCAACCAAUGAGUUCUUUGUGGGAAACUUCACUCUUCGUAGCUACAUCAACUCUUCAUUGCCAGAGCAAGUAUUGGAUGCUGUGGACGGAUCACUUCCUAACAACGGCCUUAGAGUCGGUUUCCCAAUUGCUGAGUGCUUGAGAUUGGUGUUCGAGGUGGGACUUAGGUGCUGUGAAGAGUCUCCUACGAACAGGUUGGCAAUGAAUGAAGUUCUCAAAGAAUUAGUGUCAAUCAAAGAGAGGUUCUUCAGAGCCAGAAGGACAGCAAGACGUUAA